AUGGCGGACUCGCAGUUCCCAGACUUCUAUGAGCCAGUUGGUUCCGAUUUCGAACUCGAUCAACAGAAAGGAAACAUGACGACCCCAAUCCGCUCUCCCUCCCACAAGGUUCUUGAUGACCUUGCCAAGAGCCCAGAGCGACACCUCUCUCCUCAAGCAAUCCACUUCAGUGUGCCCCACAAGAACGGAAAGAAUGGCAGCGGUAACGGACACAGAAUCUUACGCUCUCCCACGGUGGGAUAUAUUGCUCCAGAGUUCAAGGGAAAGCACGCCCAGAUGGUUGAAGUCAAAGCUAAGAUUGAGGCCAGCUCAUGGAUUCCCCAGCCCCUCAUCGACGCGCAGAUUGCCUGGUUCUACAACGAACUGGGCAUCGACGACGUCUACUUCGAGUUGGAGACCCCGGACGCGAUUGUGAGCAACAUCGUCUCCCUCUACGCGGCGAAGAUCGCGGCCUUCGCGCGAGAGGACCGCCGACAAGAGAUCAAACUCGACAUGGAGGCUGUUGAUCAUGCAAUCUACAUCGAUACCAGCGAGCCUGGCGUCACCAACCUCGAUGGCCCCCGCUACGAGCACCGCUUGGAGAAGAGGUAUCUCGACUCCUCCUCCACCAGCACCUUCCGCGUAGAAACCUUUCGGUCGCCGACCAACUUGGCCGGCACCGAACCCGCCAAGACAACUAUGCGCUGUUACUUCGUGUACGAAUGCCAGUUUGUCGACCCGAACCCCUCGCCUCAAGAGACGCGUCUUGAGGUCAUCGCAGAUCGACUCUUCCUCGCCAAGGCGACGAAGAAUACCAAGGAGAUUUACCAAGAUGUAAUUGAACUAGCGGUCUCAAGAAACGGUCCCGUAAUCGAGGUCUUCGACAUCGAGGAUUCCAAGGAGAAGAGACUCGUCGUCGCGUUUCGUCGGAGAACCGCGGAGGGUUUGUUCAGCGCACUUUCUGAUCUGUACCACUACUAUGGUGUUACCAGCUCUCGCAAGUACGUCGAGCAAUUCAGCAACGGCAUAACUGUCAUCUGCCUAUACCUGAAGCCUGCUCCCAAUGUGGAUGCGAAGGUAAAGUUUCCUCCUCUCGAGGCCUCCAUCCACCAAAUCACCAAGGAGAUCUCUCUGCUUUACUGCAUCCCACAAAAUAAGUUCCAACCCUUGUUUGCGAGUGGCCGACUCAGCCUCCAAGAGACGGUCUAUGCGCACUGUCUCAUGGUUUUCGUCCAACACUUCCUUAAUCGCCUUGGUUCUGAAUACGGAUCGUUGGUCUCUGCUCUUGAUCCUACGAAUAGUGCUCAUGCCGAACUGCUGUCAAAGAUCAAGAAGCGAUUGAGAGCUCAGACCUUCACCGCUGGCUACAUUCACGAGAUCAUCGGCAUGUAUCCCGAGCUGAUCCAAUCUUUGUAUGCGUCUUUCGCAGCAACCCACCUCACCAUUGGCCCUGGCUACGAGGAGGACACGAUCACCCCAACCCCUUCUUUCGCCGCUCUUUCGGACGCUCAGCUCAAGGACCUGAUUAUCAAGACCUGCAGCAACGAGCACGAAAUAUUGGUCAUGGACGCGUUCUGCACGUUUAACAACGCGCUCCUCAAGACCAACUUCUACACCCCGACCAAGGUCGCACUGAGCUUCCGUCUCAACCCCAGCUUUCUACCCGCCAUCGAGUACCCUCAGCCCUUGUAUGGCAUGUUCUUAGUGGUCAGCUCCGAGAGUCGCGGUUUCCAUCUCCGCUUCCGUGACAUUGCCCGAGGAGGCAUCCGCAUCGUCAAGUCGCGUAAUAAGGAGGCUUACGCCAUCAAUGCCCGCUCCAUGUUCGAUGAGAACUACGGAUUGGCCAACACCCAACAGCGCAAGAACAAGGACAUCCCUGAAGGAGGAUCGAAGGGUGUCAUUCUCCUCGAUGCCGCUCACCAAGACAAGGGUAGUGUUGCAUUCGAAAAGUACAUUGACAGCAUCAUGGAUCUCCUCCUCAAGGCCGAGACUCCGGGAAUCAAGAACCCCAUUGUUGAUCUCUACGGCAAGCAAGAAAUCCUCUUCAUGGGUCCUGAUGAGAAUACCGCCGACCUCGUUGACUGGGCUACGGAACAUGCUCGUUCGCGUCGCGCUCCAUGGUGGAAGUCUUUCUUCACCGGCAAGUCUCCCAAGCUUGGUGGCAUUCCUCACGACGCGUACGGUAUGACCACCCUGUCCGUUCGUGAGUUUGUCAAGGGUAUUUACCGCAAGCUUGAGCUUGAUCCCAGCAAAGUCCGAAAGAUGCAGACCGGAGGACCCGAUGGUGACUUGGGCAGCAACGAAAUCCUUCUCAGCAAUGAGAAGUACACCGCUAUCGUUGAUGGUAGCGGUGUCCUAGUCGACCCUAACGGGAUUGACCACGAGGAGCUGACUCGUCUUGCCAAGGCACGCGUCAUGAUCUCUCAAUUCGACAUCACCAAGCUCUCGGAGGCCGGAUAUCGCGUCCUGGUCGACGAGAUUAACGUCAAGCUUCCAAGCGGCGAGGUUGUUGAUAACGGUACCAGCUUCCGCAACACUUUCCACCUUCGUGAUACCGGCCUGACCGACUCUUUUGUUCCGUGUGGUGGCCGUCCCGAGUCUGUCGACCUUUCCACAGUCGGCAAGCUCAUCAAGAAGGGAAAAUGUACCAUCCCCUACAUCGUCGAAGGCGCUAAUCUCUUCAUCACCCAAGAUGCCAAGCUCCGUCUCGAAGACGCUGGCUGCAUUCUCUUCAAGGACGCGUCUGCCAACAAGGGCGGUGUGACAUCCUCUUCCCUCGAAGUCCUUGCUUCCUUGUCCUUCGAUGACAAGGGCUUCGUCGACAACAUGUGCGUCGGCGCCGACGGUCAAGCACCCGCAUUCUACCAAGCUUACGUCAAGGAGGUGCAAGCCAAGAUCAAGGACAACGCCCGCUUAGAGUUCGAGGCCAUCUGGCGCGAGCACCAGCAGACCAAGAUUCCCCGCAGCACCCUUUCCGAUACUCUCUCCAUUGCCAUCACCAAGCUUGACGAGGAGUUGCAGAAGACGGAACUGUGGAAGGACGAGAAGCUCCGCAACUCGGUCCUCCAGGAUGCCUUGCCAAAGCUUUUGCUCGAGAAGAUUGGUCUAAAUACUAUCAUCGAGAGAGUGCCAGAUAGCUAUCUGCGGGCUAUAUUUGGCAGUUACUUGGCGAGUCGGUUCGUGUAUGAGUUUGGAAGUGCGCCGAGCCAAUUUGCGUUCUUUGACUUCAUGUCAAAGCGCAUGCAAAAAAUCCAAUAG